AAGUUUUUGCCCUUGUAUCAUCUGUAGGUUGUUGGCAUAAAAUGGAAGAUGAGGAGGCCUGUUCUGAUGACAGUGUAUCUAUACGAGGAGAGUCACAAGUAAGGGCAUCUAAGAAAGCUGCAGAUACCCAGAAGACCCAUCUGUGUAAGCGCUGUUUCUCUGUGUUACAACAUAUUUUUCACCUGACUGGGUCACAUGCAGCAUACUUUGAGCAGAAAGCCUUCUGUACUGAUGCAUGUCUUGGAGACUUCUAUUUUAGUGCAAACCCUCACCAGGAACAGAGGAAUGAAUGUGGGGAGGAGCCCUGGAAACAAGCUAUGGUCAGGGCAUCCUAUGUGAGCAGGUGCAGCGUCUACUUAUCUUCGGUGCCUUCAACCAGCAGGGAGGUUGGGGAAGACUUGCAAUGCAACUCAGAGCUUCCCCAGCACCAGGCCAUUCUCAAAACUGAGGAGCUACCCUUUGGCAGUGAGAUUUCACAGGAAUUUCUUGAUAAAAAAAGUCAUCACCAGUCGGGUGACUGUGAAAAUGCUGCCAGCCACAACCUAAAAGUUGUUCAAUGUCAGGGUGCAUAUUCUGGAGAAAUGAUUUAUGAGUGUAACAAAUGUAGGAACAUCAUUGGAUAUAAGAGAGUUCACCCUAGAGAACAGCCCUAUCUGUGUAGUGAAUGUGGGAAGUCCUUUCAUCGAAGGGCUCACCUCACUGUACACCUCAGAGUUCACACUGGAGAGAAGCCAUAUGAGUGUACUGAAUGUGGAAAGUCCUUCAGUGAAAGAGGUACACUCAUUAAACACCAGAGAGUUCACGCUGGAGAGAAGCCAUAUGAGUGUACUGAAUGUGGGAAGUCUUUUAGCCAAAAAUCUAACCUUAUUAGACAUCUCAGAGUUCACACUGGAGAGAAGCCAUAUGAAUGUACUGAAUGUGGAAAAUUCUUCAGUGAAAGAAGUACACUCAUGAAACACCAGAGUGUUCACACUGGAGAGAAGCCAUAUGUGUGUACUGAAUGUUGGAAGUCUUUUCGCAAAAAAUCUGAGCUUAUUAAUCAUCUGAGAGUUCACACUGGAGAGAAGCCGUAUGCGUGUACUGAGUGUGGAAAGUCUUUUUGUGAAAAAUCUAAGCUUAUUAAACAUCUGAGAGUUCACAGUGGAGAGAACCCACAUGAGUGUACUGAAUGUGGGAAGUCUUUUAGCCAAAAAUCUAACCUUAUUAGACAUCUCAGAGUUCACACUGGAGAGAAGCCAUAUGAAUGUACUGAAUGUGGAAAGUUCUUCAGUGAAAGAAGUACACUCAUUAAACACCAGAGAGUUCACACUGGAGAGAAGCCAUAUGAGUGUACUGAAUGUGGAAAGUUCUUCAGUGAAAGAAGUACACUCAUUAAACACCAGAGAGUUCACACUGGAGAGAAGCCAUAUGAAUGUACUGAAUGUGGGAAAUCCUUCCGUGUGAGGAGCACACUCAUUAAACACAGAGUUCACACCGGAGAGAAG